CCAGCUUAAAAUACCCGCCCCGAUUGAAUAAACCGAGCAAAACUCAAUUCACGUUUCUCUCUCCCUCGUCUUUCAUUCAAAGAAACUCUGGUUCUCUCUCCCUCGUUAUAACUUAUAUCCAGAUCCUUCACCGUUCUCUCACUCUUAAGCUAGCUGCCGUUGGAUUCCUUUGUUACCGAUUCGCAGCUAAUAUAAGCAGCAUCCAGAUAAGCUUUCGGAAUUUUUUUGAAGCCCUCGAGAAACUGGGAACUGAGGAAAAUUUGGGUUGGGGUUCCAAUUGUAAAGAAUGUCCAAAGUCCGGGAUAGGAUCGAAGAUUUCAAAGAUGCUGUGCGCCACUCGGCUCUCUCUUUGGGUUACAAUGAGUCGAAAUUGGCAGCCAUUAUGGCAAAAUUUAUUAUACAUGCACCCCGCCAGAGGUCACCUUUCACCAGAGCCGCUCUCAAGACGAUGGAAAGCAUUGGAGCUCUGGAACAGUUUAUGUUGAAACAUAGAAAAGAUUAUGUGGAUCUUCAUCGGACCACUGAACAGGAGAGAGAUAGCAUUGAGCAGGAAGUAAGUGCUUUUAUCAAAGCAUGUCAAGAACAAAUUGAUGUUCUCAAAAAUAGCAUUAAUGAUGACGAGGCAAACUCAAAGGGAUGGCUUGGCAUUAGGACUGAUUACUCUAAUGCUGAUACUAUAGCGCACAAACAUGGUGUGGUUUUGAUUUUAAGUGAGAGACUCCAUUCAGUUACUUCACAGUUUGAUAAGCUAAGAGCCAUACGCUUCCAAGAUACCAUUAAUAGAGCAACACCUAGAAGAAAACUUAAGCGGAUUGUAAAUUCAGAACCUGCAGAUGCUUCUAACUCCAACAAUUUGGAGCUCAGGGAACCUAAUGAACUUCAACCUGAGCCUCUAACAGUCCAACAGCAACUCUUGGACGAUGAAACACGUGCCCUUCAGGUGGAGCUGACUAACCUUCUAGAUGCAGUUCAGCAAACUGAAACUAAGAUGGUGGAAAUGUCUGCGCUGAAUCACCUUAUGUCCACACACGUGCUGCAACAAGCUCAACAGAUAGAGCAACUCUAUGAUCAGGCAGUUGAAGCGACGAAGAAUGUAGAGCUUGGAAACAAAGAGAUCUCAAAAGCAAUCCAGCGGAAUAGCAGCAGCAGGACGUUUCUUUUGCUUUUCAUCGUUUUAUUAACUUUUUCGGUUCUCUUUCUUGAUUGGUAUAAUUGAAUGUACUCAUCUUUGUAUAAUUUUGAUUCUAUACUUGUUAAAGAGAAAUGCAUGUUCACCAAACUUUAGCAGAGGUAACCGAGAAAAAAAUUCGAAAGUUGAGAUUUUUCUUUCUCA